AUGGAUAAGUUUCGUAUGAUGUUUCAGUUCCUUCAGUCCAACCAAGAGUCCUUCAUGCAUGGUAUUUGUGGCAUAAUGGCUCUAGCUAGUGCUCAACUUUACUCAGUUUUUGAGUUCCAAUGCCCCUGCAUGCCACAAUACAACUAUUCCUACGGGAUGGGGAUCAUGUUUGCCCCAGCCAUUUGGUUCUUCCUUCUUGGCUUUGUCCUGAACAAUAACGUGUCAAUACUAUCUGAGGAAUGGAAACGACCACCAGGGCCCAGGGGCAAGGAUCCGACAAUCUUCCGCUACAUGAUUAUUUCUGUAACACAACGAUCGUUAAUUGCUCCUGUGGUUUGGAUUUCCGUCACUCUGAUGGAUGGUAAAAGCUUUCUUUGUGCAUACAGCAUGGAUUUGGACAUUUCUCAGUUUGGAAAUGUAACUGACCAUGGUUUAUCCGAAGAGGAGUUCAUAAAGCUGCUCGCCAAAAUCCCUUGCAAGCACAUAUUUGAUGGUCAAGAUAUUGUUUCUAGAGAAGCAGCCACCAGGUACAUACAAUGCGUGUCACAGGCAGUCGGCUGGCUCCUCCUGUUGAUUCUUACUUUAAUGGCUUUCCUUGUCCGAGCCAUGCGUCCCUGCAUGAACCAAGCAGUCUUCCUCAAAACUAAAUACUGGUCCCACUACAUCGACAUAGAGCGUAAAAUGUUUGAUGAGAUGUGCUCUGAACAUGCCAAAAGUUUUGCUAAGGUCUGCAUACAUCAGUACUUCGAGAGCGUCAAUGAAGAUAUGCAUGGCUCAGAUCAUCAGGAGGACAAGACAGACAGCAAAGAGGACACCAACGAGGACAAAGAUAAAAAGUGUAAAGAGGAGGAUGACAAAAUGAUGGGCAUACAUGGCCAGGAUGCCAUCAAUAGAGUUCUAUGGGACUGGCACACAUGUAAGCCUCCACUAACUCUGAGGAGGAAUGAACUUGAUGAAAAUGACCACAAAGUUGGCUAUGACAACGCUUCAUUUAACAGUGAACAAAGGGGCUCUGAGAACAAAUACAGCAAUGGCAACUGCAGCACAAAUCAAAAUGGUCUUCUGAAUGAUCAUGCAAACGGCAAUGAACACAUUAGCCAGCACACAAAUGGUCUUCUGAAUAAUCACGCAAACGGCAAUGGAAACAUUAGCCAGCACACUUGGAAUAAGCAUAAUCAUCUUAUGGAAAUAAGAAAGAAACAGUGGGCUGCUACAUAUGGCUCCUGCAUACAGCAGGAAAGAGGUCAUCGUUUGACUGCAAUCACCCCAGAAAAAGACAAGGAGAAACAGAGGCACACUGAGAGUGAGGGAGAGAGAUUGGAGGAGGGGAAUAGCAUGCAGGACUAA